UUAUGUGCAGUGUGUGCGUUGGGGAUUCAUUUAUCAUAACGAAAAAUUUGUGAAAAGUAUUUUAUUCCCCGGGAUACCCGAAUAAAAAUAAAAAUUUAUUUAUUACAAAACGAAAGAAAAAAUACGACAGAAAAUCGAUGAUAAACAACCACAUUCUGAUGGAUAACAAACGGAUUAAAUAUCAAUUCAAAGGAUUAUCACCGAAACUCAACGAAAUGACGGAAUUAAAGAGCUUAAUGUGGACUUUAACAUUCAUUUGUACAGUUCUAACAACAAUACAACCCUCGAGCGCCCAACAACAAAAGUUUCGAACAACACCGCACGACUUGCAAGUGCUUGAAGGUUCAGAAGCACUUCUACGAUGUGAAGUUUCAAAUUUGGCCGGACAAGUACAAUGGACAAAGGAUGGUUUUGCUUUGGGAUUUUCAGCUGUGAUACCAGGAUUUCCGAGAUACUCUGUGUUGGGUGAUCGAACACAGGGUGUUUACAAUUUACGAAUAUCGAACGCUUCGUUGGAUGAUGAUGCUGAAUAUCAAUGUCAAGUUGGCCCCGCUAAAUUGAAUUCGGCUAUACGAGCCAACGCAAAACUAACAGUGAUAUCACCUCCAUCAACCAUUGAAAUCCAAGGAUAUCAACACAACUCUAAAGUCGAGGUCCGUGAAAAUCAGGAUCUAACACUCACGUGCAUUGUGGCUGAUGCAAAACCAGCAGCUCAAAUUCAAUGGUUCCGCAGUAAUGUCGAAUACAAACCAGAAAAUCGUGAGGAUAAGGUGACCGACACAAAUGGCAGACGAUUUACAACAACAUCACGUAUUCGGUUGAGUCCCACCUCUAGUGACGAUUACACUGAAUAUUCGUGUCAAGCCAAACACAAAGCACUGCAACCCGACAUGCCAAUGAGAGCUACCGUACAGUUGUCUGUAUUAUACGGUGUCGGAGCACCAUAUAUCGAAGGAUAUACGACUGGAGAAACAUUACGACGAGGACAAACUGUUGAAUUAUCGUGUCGCAGUCGUGGUGGGAACCCUCCUGCACAACUAAUUUGGUACAAAAACGGUGCACAGGUUAGGAUGGCGUACAGAACGGCCGGAAGGCUCUCGGAAAACAUCUACACAUUUACGGCCGAAGCAAAUGACAACAAAGCUCGUUUUCGAUGUGAAGCUAGCAACAUUAUGUCACAGACACCCCUAAAGGUUGAAGUGGAUUUAACUGUUUUGUUUGCACCUACACAUGUAUCAAUAUCCGGACCGUCGGAAGCAAGAGUUGGCGAUCCCGUUCCAUUACAAUGUACCACGGCACCGUCCAAUCCGCCAGCUGAAAUCAAAUGGAUGGUAAGCGGGCGGCAAGUACGAAAUGCGACAUCUAGAACGUCAGUUUCACCCGAAGGAGGUUGGAUUACAACAUCUAACAUAACAGCUGUGGUUGAACCGAAUAAACGAUCAUUAGUCGUAAUAUGCCAUGGCCUUAAUAUGCAACUAACUGAAAACGUAGUUUCAACAACAAACGUCAAUAUACUAUAUCCACCGUCUCCACCAAUUAUUUCCGGCUAUGUGGAAGGUUCAAUUAUACCCGCGGGAUCAGUUCAAAAACUGCUUUGUGUAUCAUCAGGAGGGAAUCCCCUCGCAACAUUGGUGUGGUACAAGAACGACAAAAAGAUAAAUUCGGUACCGAAAACAGCCGAUAAAUCCGUUACGGCUGAGUUAACAAUUUUGGCAAAUGUCACAGACAAUCAGGCGAGGUAUAGAUGUGAGGCUCACAACAGUGCCACCGAAAUACCAUUAUUUGAAACAAAAACAUUGAGUGUACAUUUUGCACCAGAAACGGUGAAAAUACGCGUAGAGCCCGAGGAAUUGGUACCUGGCAUUGAGGCAACGUUGAUUUGUGAUUCCAGUUCAAGCAAUCCACCAGCAAAAAUCACUUGGUGGAAGGAUGGGAUACCCGUUGAAGGAGUUAACGGUACAUCAAAAUCUGGACUAUGGGGUGGAACUGUAUCGUCAUUGGAUUUGAGAAUCAAUGUUACUCAGGACAUGAAUGAAGUGGUCUACACCUGCCAAAGCAACAAUGAAGCUUUACAGCGAAGCGUUCACGAAGCCAUCACUUUGCAAGUCUUAUAUCCACCAAAGUUCGUACCACCACCAUCGUCGACAGUCGUAGGAGUUGAAGGUGAACCACUUCAAGUGGCAAUGAUGGCCAACGCAAAUCCCAUAUCCAUUGCAUAUACUUGGACCAAAGACGGUCUACCGAUUCUUGCUUCGGGUAAUGGUGUCGAGCGAAUCGUAUCUGAGGGACCUAUCUUAAACAUUACCAAACUAACGCGAAAUGAUGCCGGUAUCUACACGUGUGAGGCGGUUAAUUCGCAGGGAUCGGCAAUGAUCAAUAUUUCUGUCAUUGUUGAAUACGGAGCAACGAUAAAAUCAAUAUCGGAAAAUGUCAUUGUUAAUCCGGGCGAUGAGGCAAUGCUAUCAUGUUCGGUUGAAGGAAAACCAUUGACUGAGGAGCACGUGCGAUGGGAACGAUUGGGCUACGAUAUGACGGUGAAAACUACUACAACAUUUGCGAAUGGAACGUCCUUCUUGCAUGUUAAGGAUCCACAACGGGACGAUGUUGGUAAUUUCCGUUGUGUUGCUGAUAAUCGAGUGGCCAAUCCUACCAGUCGAGAUGUCUUGUUGAUUGUAAAAUUCGCACCUGAAAUCGACAAGUCUCUGUUGAGAGCUGCAACUGGUGCAGGUGAAAAGGGUCGUUUACCUUGUCGCGCUCAAUCGGCUCCAGCACCGAAAUUCUCGUGGAACCGAAACGGUCAGCACUUAAACGUUAAUAAAACGUGGAAAUUCAGCGUUGAGGUGAAACAGAUCGACUCCCUGACAUACGAAUCGAUGCUGGUCAUUGACAAAGUUGCCCCAGCUGACUAUGGUCUAUACGAAUGCAUAGCACGAAAUGACUUGGGGCAAAGCAAAGAGAACGUCCGACUAGACAUAACAUCGAAACCAGACAUUCCGAUCAGUUUAAAUAUUUUGAACACGACACACGAUUCUGUAACAGUAGCAUGGACACCAGGAUUUGACGGUGGCAUGAAAGCCAGUUAUCGUGUACGAUAUCGAGAAGCCAACAGCGAACAUUAUAAAUACGAAGACGGAUUGCCGAACACGCACAAACUUACCAUUACUGGUCUUCGAAUGAAUACGCUGUAUCUGUUCUCCGUGAUGGCAUCGAAUCCAUUAGGCAACAGUAAAUUUUUACCCGAUUUGGCGAGUGCUCAGACAAAAGGGGUAGAUAACGUUCCCGCUGAACUAUUAGAGAAGGCUGAAAUUCCAACGCUUGUUAUCGUUGCUAUAGCAAUGGCAGCAUUGGGAGUUCUAGUAGCUAAUGUAGCGCUCAUUGUUUGGUUUAUUAUUCGUAAACGUAACAAAGAAGCGUCAAAUCAAAACAGCAAAUCAGCCACAAUAGAAAUGUAUGCACCAAGUUCAUACAACGACACUGUGACAGGCGAAACUUUGUCUAGUGUAUCCGAGAAGAGUGAUUCAUAUUCAAAUGAGGGCAGUCAACCAGAUUAUAUGGACGAAACAAGAAAGAAAGCUGCAUCAACAUAUCUGGUAGAAAAUCCGGACAUUCCUCCGCCUCGUUAUCAAAAAGAUGGGACACUGCCAAAUCAUCACUAUCCCAACAAUACUGCAAAUUCAGUGCACACCCGAACAUUACCUCAUCCACGUCAUAACAAUCACAUAAUGGAUUCAAGAUCCAGAGACGACCAAAUGAUCGGCAAAGGGUACAUGCCUUCGCCAUCGCCCGCACCACCAUUAGAUGGUUCAUAUUACAAUAUGAACAGUGAUAGAUAUCUAUCAUACCCACCAAUGGACUACCCGCCAAUGGAAUUUUCAACACCACCAUUAGCUAUGACCCACAUUAUGGCACCGAACGGCGGCGGCACAUUACGUCGUGGUAUGCGCGUACCGCCACCGGACGUCACCCAUCAUACGAACCAUUCGAAAGCACCGCAUGAAAUGCACAAUAAUAGCAGCCAAAACGGAUCACAGGGGAUUAAUAAUUUAAGUAAUUUGUCACAGCUAUCGAAUUCGGUACCGGUCAAACCGCCCGGCAUCCUCAAAGAUCCGAACCGGAAGCAGCACAACAAUAUGCAAAUAUUGAAUGUGCAAAAUGCGCCGGGCAUCGGUAAUAGUUUGCUGGUCGGCGGUUACGAUCCGAGCACACACAAUUUGAGUUCGUUUAAUGCAUCGAUGGGGUAUACGGACGCUGACGGUCAUUUAGUGUAGGGCGGUAGAUUAGUUUUUGUUUAUGUUUUAAAUGAGAGAUGAGAGAAAAAAAAAGAUUUCUGUGAAUAUAUUGAGACGGGGGAGAAAUAAUUUUCGUAUUAAAAAUAUAAACUUAGAUUAGCCGGUAAAAAUCAAUACGAUAUCCCAAAUAAUAUUUUUAAUAAUUAAAAUGGAAAAUAAAUUUAAAAAAACAAAAAAAAAACAAGAAAACUGAACGAGUGAAAAAUGUUAAAGAUUAAUUUUUGAUUUUUAUUAAAAACGAUUGAAUUACAAAAAGAACAAAAAAAAAAUGUUUAUAAAAUAAAGUGGAUAAAGGAGAAGGCGCCUUUACUGUUGUGUUUUCUUUUUUAUAUUUAUGUAAAUGAAACAAAUAAAAUUUAAUGGAAUGCAGAGAAACCGAAUCUAGACAAUUUUUAAGAAACAGAACAAAAAAUGGGUAAUUCAUUGUAAAUGAUCUCAAUAUUAAGAAGAAGAAAGAAGAUAAUAAAUCAGCCUCACCUUGGCAUCUUAAAAAUCGUGAGAGAAUUAAAUGUGUUAAAAAUAAAUGAAAAAAAAAAUUAAAAAAUUAAUUUUUGCUGGGAUGUGAUCUAAUUGCUAAAACAAAACAAAAAAUUAUUAGAAAUUGUAAAUAAAUAAAAAUUGCGAAUUCAAAAAAACUUAAAUAAUUAAAAUUAAUUAACAAAAAAAUGGAACGUAAAGAGUAUAAGAAAUCAUUAAUGUAAUUUGUAAUAUAAAAAAAAAAAAUUUUUGUUCUUUGGUUUAUAACACGAAUUCAAACCAAAUGAUUAUAAAACAAAAUGAAAGAACUCCAUCCCUCCUCCCGGCAUCACAUCAGUUCAUCCAAUAAAAAUUUCAAAGAAUUUUUACGAGCUUACAGCUCGAAAGUUUAACGGAAUAAAAGUCAAAUUGAAAUAUCUGGUCGUUUUAUAUCAAUUAAACUAAGAAUUUAAAUAGCUACACACAGUAGACCGAGAGCCGGUGUGCAUUUCAGUCUCUUAUAAGACCACAGUUUUGAAACCGCUGUCAUAUUGUUGAACUACGGCGAUACGAACGUAGUAUAUUGUGCAGAGUCAAUUUUUGUAGCGCUAGAACGCAUGCUACAAUAGACAACAAUUGAAAUCAUUUUGCGGAACUGUUGACUUCUAGAACUUCUUGGUUUAUUUAAAAGAAAAUCCAACAUGUCCAAAAUUGUGUAAGUUGACAGUUCGCGAAGUGCUGUGAUUGUCAAUUGUAACAAAACUUAUUCUCAGGCGUCAUUAUAUAGUUGAAAUUUGGGUCAAAAUGAAGGCCAUCUGUACCAAUUGAAGAAUGAAAUUCGAAGAUACAAAUUUUAUAGACAGUCGUCGUGCCUGACAGAUCAAAAAUUUGAAUUUUAUACUUACCAGGCACGGCGUACUUUUCAAUAAAACAAAUUAUUGUCAGUUGGGAUCAAUACAUUCAUUUUGACAUCAAUUUGGAUUUUCUACGAUGUGUUGAUUGCCGAGAUAAAUAGAUCCACUAGAACUAGCAACUAGCGCUCCGGAAUGAAAGUCUUUGAACAAAUGUCUCUCGUACUGCGUGUAGUACAAUAAUAUGGUUCCAAUGGUUCCAAUCCGUGACCAUAUAACGGACUGAUAUGCACCCAGGCUUUCGGUCUACAAUAAAACACAAUGGAAUGGAUGAAAAGAAAAUCUUUUUUCUGUUAAACAAAAUAUUAAAUGUUAAGGUAAUUAAUGUCAGGGAUUGAUUUUAUAAUUCAUUUUUUUUAUUGCUACGAUUGAACCAUGUAAUUCCAUUGUCUCGGGUUUGUUAAAGAAGGGAAACAUAUUUACGAAUUAAGAAUUUCAAUUACAUUUUCCCCCUUUUUUCCAUUAAAAUUACCGAUCCGAAUUCAAUCAAUUACAGUGCAAGCAUUGCACCUACAUAGAGAUUGACGAUUGAAUCAAUUAGUUUGGACUGAUUCUGUUGGAAAUUAAAAAAAUUCUAUUCAUUGCCAUCAUAUACACAGCUCAAUUUCUUGCUGCGAUUUGAAGUGAAAUGUUUAAGAGACACUUGGAGACUUAAUGACACAAAUGAUUUCUUUUUUUAAAUGAACGAAAUUGCAGAAAGGUUUCAAUCAUUCGUUUCGUUGCAUUUGUAAUAGUCAAACGAGGGAUUAAUUUAAUCGAAUUUUGAAAGAGCGAAUGUUAAAUUGGAACGAAAAUUAUUUUUGCAGAAUAAUUAAACCCUCGCUGCUGCUGUUUGGUGAAAAUUAGUCUCUUCCACGCUCACACAGAUCCGCAACCAAAUAUUUACAAAGUUCCACUCACAGACUAGGCUUUGGUAUUGGUCUUCGACCUACUCCAUUCUCGAUUUUCUUGCGAUGACGGGUCACUUUAUAGACGAUGUGGCCUAACUGCGGAUCCAUGGUGGCACCAUUACUCUUCAAUGAACAUUUCAGACUUCUGAAUUUUCAUACCACCACCCAGCGCUGUAAAAAUUCCUUGUCUUCAACUCAUCAAUAUCAUUGAAUAUUCAGUUCACCGAUCAUCCAUAAAACGGGUACAAAGUCGACAAAAACUCAUCUCAAUCUCUCAAGUCUGUAAUGGUUAAAAACAAUAAUUUUACAUCUGAUACACCGCGAGGAAUUGAAAAGCCAAUGUUAAAUAAACGGUAGAGUCGUCUCAGCGUAUUUACACAAUGCCGAGAUACUUUUUUCGCUUUGCCGUUUUGUCAAAACGAUGCACACACAGUUUCAUGGUGGAAGGAGGAAUGUAAACAGAAGAGAAAGAAGCUCAAUAAAAUAUGCCAAUAUUGAUUGGUAAGUGCGGUCAAACGAUUCGUAUUGAUAAUAUGCAACAAUAACAGUUUUAAGCGAGUGGAUUUAUGGUAGAGAAAAAUGAAGAAAAGAAGUCAAUAAAGUUCAACAGAAAGUUCACUUGAAAGUUUGAAGAAACAGAAACCAACCAACCAAACUGAAACAAAUAUUUAAAUAAUUUUAACCUGUCACAGACGGCAAGCAUAUUAACAGUUUUACUAUCUGGUCUACUACUUCAUUUGAUCAAAGAUUUUCAAAGAUUGAUUUCGGAAAUCUUUUACUUCAUUUGUUUAGAACACGCUUUUUGAUAUAUAAGACCUUAUUUGCUGAAGCCUGUCGUUUAUUAUUGCUGUCGUUGUCGAUAGCAGAUGACAGCCGUAUGUAACAGGUUGAAUAAUUUUUAAAAAUUUAGUUUCAAACGAGUUACGAUUAUUGAUAGAUUUCGUUUAAAUAGGCUUAAAUUAUAAAAUGGGAAGAAGUAUUUAAACAAUAAAAUUAAAAACUACAAUUGCCAAAGACCUCAGAAAUAAGAAUAAAUUUCUUUUAAUUUAACAAUUUAGUUUUAAGGAGUUUUUGUUUCGCAAUUUAAUUUAAAAAAUUUUUUUUUUGAACAAAAAUUUAUUUUUAAACUUAAAAGCUAGUGCAUUUUGGUUGACUUAAGUUACACCAUUGCGAAUAUUAAUUCAAAUAAUACUCACUAAUCGAACAAAGACUUUUUUUUGUAUAUUUAAUGAAAUGAAAACAUAGUUUUAUCAUCCGUUCUACAUAUUGUUCUUUUAUACGAUGUAUUUUUUUGCCAUCGGGAAAUGGUUUACAUAAAUUCAGAGACGCAGAAGACAAACAAAUCUUCAACAAUUGAAAAUAAAAUCAAAUGGCCAAAUUUUGUACAAUAAAACAACCAACAACUGAGAGUUUAACAAAUUUCAAAUCAACAUUUUACUCAAUUUUGCCAAAAAGAAUUUUUAUAAAAAAAGUAGCAAAUCGAAUACGAAAACAGAAUUUAAAUUUGUAGGACUGCUUGCUGGACUAAUAUUUUUCAAAAAAUAAUCCUCAAAUUUUGAUUUUUUUUACGUUCAAUCUCUUUUCCUUUGAAUGACAAAGUGCCUUAAAAUCCCUGAUAAAAUCUUUUUUGUUUUAUAAUCAAAAUCCUUGAGUUACAAAUCUAUAGAACUGUUCAUGAUAGGUUGAUAAAUAAAAUGUUGUUGAAAGAUUGGUGUAAACAACGAAGAAGGAAACCGUAGAAAGUAUAUUGUUACACCUUUGGAAUGUUUUCGAAAAGUUCUUCCUGUUCCUGUUCGUGUUUUUCCCUACAUAAAUGCCGAUUUACCUACUAAACGAUGCCAAAUUUAUGACGAUUAUGCAGAAUUAAAGUUUUUUCUUUUCUUUUUCUUUUGUAUUAACGAAAUAUGUGAAGUCCAGAAUUUCGAUGGUCACACUGCUUUUAAUUAUCCAACCGUUUCACUGUCACUCAGCGCCUAAUGCGACUCACAAACCUGAAUGAAUCAAUCCUACAUAGCUCUGCUCCGGAGUUCAAAUCUUUGGGUUAGAAUCGCACAGACUAUUGUAGCUUUGAAGGGCUUAAGGGAGCUUUGAGAUUACUUUGAAAUCCAAAAAUAAUUUACGGUAGGAUUCUAAAGCAAGGAUAACCUUCGGAGAAAUGAUUCCCAAAAGAUUCGCUAAAUUAUUUUGAAUCUUUAGAGAAUUUUAGGGAUUCUUUGUGAAUUCAUUGUCAAACAUUAGGCUUCCUGUAGAAGCUCAAAGCUUGAAAGGACCUUUUCAAGCGGCAGUGUAGCAGUUGACAAAAAAGAUAAUUGAAUCAAGGCGAAAAUAGUCAAGGACCAUCUUUUGCACAACGUUCUCUAUAAAUGAUUUUCUUUCUACAACCAACUACAAUGGUGGACGAGUAAACAGAAAACAGUUUAAUAUGUCAUUCACUCUUUUAGAAACGGCCAGUCAUCUGUUAUCGGUAACAACGACACAAAUAAACGUUGAGCUAUGGCUGAUGUUUAAUUUAGCAGAAUGUAUGACGAAACAAAAGUGGUAACAGAUUUUGUGCCGGUCAAUAGGCCAUAACAAAAAGAGUGACAGAUUAUCAAGAUUUAUGUCGCAGACGCUUCCCAUUUGUAAAAGAGGAAACGGCUACAAAUUAGUGCAGAAGAAGUAAUCCAUGAAGUAGUACUGCCAGUUACAUAACAAACUGAAGAAACUAAAUGUGACAUUUUGUGAGAAUUAGAAGAUAUAACCUCAAAUUUGGCUUUGCACUUCUUUUUCAUAACAGAAAGUGAAUUAAAAUUAGAAUUUAGUGCCAAUAAAUAUUUAUCGUGUGUCUGAGUCUUUAUAUUUUCGAACAACGGUCUGACUGUUCUAAAUUUCAAAAUCAAGGAAAAGAACAACUUACACAAGAACAACGAUUAGAAUAGAAAUGUUUUUUUUUUAUUUCUUUUUUUUUUUAGUAAAAAACGAUUGAAUUUCCAAGGUAUAAUUGUGAUUUGAAUGACUAUAAGAUAAAAAAAAUAUAGAAUUCAUUCAGUAAGACAUUGUUGAUAUUAAAAGAAGAA